CCCGAGGCGGCGGAGGCGGCCGCGCCCGCCGCAGAGGAGUGCCGGGAGGCGGCUCAGCUGGUGGCGGCCAUGGAGGAGCUGCGGCGCGCAGGGUGGUACUGGGGCAACAUGAGCGUUGCCGAAGCCAAGGAGAGGUUGCAGGAUGCCCCCGAAGGGACUUUUUUGGUUAGGGACAGUUCGCAUUCCGAGUAUCUGCUGACCAUCUCGGUCAAAACCUCGGCGGGACCGACCAACCUGCGCAUCGAGUACCAGGACGGCAAGUUCAGGCUGGACUCCAUCACCUGCGUCAGAUCGAGGCUCAAGCAGUUCAACAGCGUCGUGCACUUGAUCGAGUACUACGUUCUGAUGUGCAAGGACAGAACCGAAACGCCUUCGAAUGGGACGGUCCACCUCUACUUGAACAAACCCCUGUACACGUCAGCCCCGUCUCUGCAACAUCGCUGCAGAAUAACUAUAAACAAAUGUACGAACCAGAUCUGGGAGCUGCCGUUGCCAACAAGGCUAAAAGAGUACUUGAAAGAGUACCGGUACCAGGUAUAAAUGUCUUUUCUAAAUGCCUCUAACGUAGAGUAACUUUUAAAUGCAAUUCUUAAAAUCAGCCAAAGAACUGAGUAACCAGUUGUACAACUCAGCGUGGAAUUCACUAUCAAAACAGUGGCAGUUCUGGGGAAAAGGUUUUUAUUUCAGAUGCCACAAAGGGAGACUUUAUGUAGAAUUAUCCCCGCUUGCAUCCCUGGGGUUGGACAAGGUGACACGCUGUCCCUGCAGGGGGAGCAGAGCCAGGAGGCUGUCUGCAUGGCAUUGCUUUGUCAGUGGGGUAACAUAGUACCGUGUAAGGACAGAAUGCUGACUGAGAGGGAUGGGGAGAGGCUGCGGAGUGUCAGAGAUGCGCAGGAGUGCAUGAGGAGCUCAGCUGUCUAAUUCUGAGAUUCAUGUGGUGCCGGUGUUCGUACAAUCCUGAAAGUUUAAUUGGAUCACACUGUGAUAAUCUUGCCAAAGUUAUGCAACUAAUCAAAUCCAGUCAAAAGAGUGAUCAUCUAUUCAGUUUUUAUUGAACUCUGAUUUUUGUGCUUUUCUGCAAGGAAAGGUGUACUGUAAGCAGUUUUAAACCUUGUUUUUCAAAGUUCUCUAAAAGUUGAUGUUAAGGAGCAAAUGCCACAUCUUUCACAGGAACCCAGUAUGUUGCUGAUUAUACCAGAUUGGUAUCCCAGAGUCUUUGUUAACAUGUUAACAUCUUCCCGGUGGUGAAUAUAUCCAUGUUGUUACUAUUAAGCCUCUUUUGGUUGAGGCUUUAGGACUCCACGCUGCAGAGCUGCAGCCGCUCAGUUCCGAUGUCAGAACAUGGAUAUCAGCAGAUACAGCUGUCUUCUACAGUGUAGAAUGUUUUCUUCAGCUUGUUUCCCAAAAUAUGGGGAUAUUUGGAUUUUUUUUUUUUUGAGGGGAAUGGUUUUUGUGGUUUUGUUUUGUUUUGUUUUUCUUCUAAUUCACGAAUGUAGCUCUCAGACUAUUACUCAAUAAAAUCAAUCAGAUUGCA